AGCAGUUUCGUUUUCUUUGCUUAUGAAGCUUCUGAGCAAGGUUAUUGUCGGCACCUCGUGUGUCACGAUAUUCUGUGGCACUGCGUACGUGGCCGCACUCACUUUGGCGCCUCCCCCCAACUACACCGUGAGCAACAACGACCGCUUGAAGAGCUAUGAUGUACUUUCUGUCAACAACCUGUACGAAAAAAAGACCAAGUGUCAGGAGUUCUAUCUGGGACUCAGUCGUUGGCGAAGGAAGAUGCUGCGCGACGAAGGGCUUCUGCGAGGCCGUGUGCUGGAAGUCGGAGCAGGAUGCGGAGGAAACUACGCAUACUACCCGCACUCAUACUUCACAGAGGAUCCAGAAGUGCAAAAGCACUUGAGAAGGUAUUGGGCGUCAGAUAGGGUGGAGGAAGGCGCGAGGAGCGGGGAAAACGCCACCAGCUACAUGUUACAACACAUCGUAAAGGAAAACCCCUGCGACGAGAUCAUUCUGUGCGAUCGCUCGGCUGGCAUGGUGCAGUCGUGCGUGGCUAGGAUCCAGAAUCGUUUGGGGUACGCACCUUAUCGGUAUCCUGACUACAACAUCGCAGCUAUCCGAAGCACCAUCGAGGCGCGCUUGGACCCGGAGCGAAGCAGCGCGGAUGGCGCAGGAAAUGAGGCAGCUGCUAAAACUGCCUAUCGGAAGCGCAAGAUUGUGUACGAGGACGGGACUGUUCAGGAGGUGUUGGUGACACCUCUCAGUGGAAACGACGAGGCAGAGUUUCUGGUGGCGACUGCCGAAAACGCAGCGGGUUCGACAAACGACGUGAUAGUUCCUGUGCUGCAUAAUUUUGACGCCGGCGACAAGCUGCCUCUUCUGUCCAAGGAGGACGAAGCUGCGUUGGCGAAGCGCGAGCAGGACAUCCGUGCCCGGCAAAAGUUCCGCCUGCGUAUUGAGAAUCAGCUGCGCAGAGAGGAAAAGGAAAGCCUAGUGCGGCGCAGCACAGCGGACACUUCGUUAAAUGAGGCGACAUCAGCGAAGCCCCACGCACUGAAGACGCCAAACGAACUGCUGGACGAGCACCACAAUCUGCAAAAGCAACCGCUCUUCGCGGUGGCAAACUACGCCGCUGAGCAGCUGCCGUUUCCAGACAACAGUUUCGACACGAUUGUCGAUAUGUUUGGGCUGUGCAGUUUUGAUGACCCGGUCCGUGCACUGCGGGAGCUCUCGCGCGUGUGCAAACCUGGUGGAAGGCUCCUCCUCAUCGAACAUGGCAAAGGACACACCGGACGUGUAAACAACCACCUUGACAAAUGGGCGCCACGACACGCGAAGAACUGGGGCUGCUGGUGGAAUCGUGACAUGCGACGAAUUAUCCGACUCAGCGGACUGUCAGUUGAGAAGUGGGAGAGUAAGCACUUCGGGACCUCGCAUUACAUUAUUGCCAAGCCGUUCAAAUCAAUGGAGGAGUGGGACAGGUAUGAUCUGGAGCGCAAGCGGGAAGUCAAGAACGCAGCGGCGUAG